AUGGCCGAAUACUGUCGAUGUGGUCGACAAGCCGUGCAACGUACAGCGUGGACUCAAUCCAACGCCGGUAGGAGAUUUGUUGGUUGUGUUGGAGGGAGGAGUGGCUGCAACUAUUUCCGGUGGAUCGAUGAACCUAUGUGCCUUCAAGGUCGAGUUGUUAUUUAUGGUUUGCGAGAGAGGGUUAGAGCUCUUGAAGAAGAAAUGGCGCAAAAUGCAAGCUUACGUGAGGAAGCUCUUGAAGCACCGAGGCAGGAGCACUCAUAUUGGUUUUAUGUUUGCGCCAUGGUCCUUUUUGUUCUUGUAAUUGUGUUGUGUAAUAGCAAUGAUGAAGACAACUGA